AGCCUGGAUCAAAGCCUCGACGCCAUAGUUCUGGGCAGGACAGUGAUUUGGAGUGUCAUGACCUCUUCAAUGGGCCUGCGAGCAACAUGCGUUCUUUGCCUUGCCCUAGGCGGUUGGCACAUGGUUUCUGUGGCCUUCAGCAGCCCUUCGAGGAUUGCACGCCAAGCAGCUUAUCAAUCUGGCAAACUGAACGUGGGAGCCGAGAUCUCCGAAACGGAGGCACCGCCUCCUCCCGCACCAGUUUUGGAGUGCGAUGAAGGGUGCAUGACGGCCAUUUUUGAUUGCCUCGAAGAAGGAUGUUCCGUGGAUGCGCUGUUGAAGUUGGACCAGAAACUUGCAGACGAUGAGAAGAAGAUCGUGACCACAGUUAAGGAGAUUGAGACAGUCCAGAAAACAGCCUAUUCGCCCGAGAAUGCAGGCACCCUCGCUUGGCUGAACAAUUUCCUGAGUCGCAGUGGCAGCUUGAGAGCACAACUUCAGGCACUUCAAGGAAUCAAGGACUCUGACUUUGUUCAGCAGAUGGUGAAAGCCGCAUCGGUGGCUUUUGGUGGUGGCCGACCCAAUGACUACCCGAAGGUUGGUGUGUCGCCUUAUUCUUCUUGAGGCUGAAGCAAGCGAAAGGAUUCCGUGGUAAGCAGAUUGCAGAAGACUUUUUGCUUAGUUCUUCACCUAACUUCGAUAGUUCCUGUUUCAAUAGUGAGUCGCUCAGCUUGCUUUGCAGCUUGUG